AUGUCUGUACCUCAGCGUUGUGUUCGCCAGCUCCUCAGAGAGCCCUUCCAGCGCAGCUCACUUCCCAUCUUCCUUGCCCCGGCAUUCUCCUCAUCCCGCUCACAAUGCUUCUCGACCACAUCGCCGGCGCAGUCCCGAGUCGGAGGUGCCCCCAUCAGCAUCCCCCCGGAGGUGACAUUCAACCUUGUCGAUCUCCCUGAAACUCUCACCCGGACUCGCGGAAAGGAUAUCCCCAAGUUUGCUGCUGAGAUCAAGGGCCCAAGGGGCGAGAUGAGCGUCAACAUUCCCUCCUUCCUUACUGUCACCCGCGACGAGACCGGUCAGAAGGCCACCCUUUCUGUUCAGGAUACCGAGAUCCCUCACCAGCGUGCUAUGUGGGGUAUGUUAUUCUCCUGGAACGCAAUCGUUCGGUCCGCGCGGCAGCAUCUAACAAUUUACUGUACAGGAACCAUCCGCGCACUUAUCCAAAACAACAUCCUCGGUGUUUCCGAAGGCCACGUCUGUGUAUUGAGUAUGGUUGGUGUCGGAUACAGGGCCACAGUCGAGGAAACGGCCACUACCGUCGAAUCCACCUACCCCGGCCAGAAGUUCGUGUCUUUGAAGGUCGGCUACUCCCACCCCAUCGAAUUGGGUAUUCCCAAGGGUGUAGAGGCCAGCACACCGCAGCCUACCAGAAUCCUGCUCGAAGGUGUGGACAAGCGGGUUGUGACCCAGUUCGCGGCCGAGAUCAGGGACUGGAGACGCCCCGAGCCUUACAAGGGUAAGGGUAUCUUCGUCAACGGAGAGACGAUCAAGCUCAAGGCCAAGAAGAUCAAAUAG